AUGAAGGCGAAACAAAAUCAACAAGAUAACGAACCGUCAACAACCGAUUCAUCGAUUACAAUCUCGACAAAGGUCAACACAGCUUCAAAUAUUCCUCUGCCGAAACAACAGCAAAGCAAGGAUAAAAACGAAGCAACAAAUCAAAGCAACAAAAGACCUCGUGCGUCGAAUAGUCCACAAGACGAAACGACGAAGAAGAACAACAACAAAGAGCUGAGAUCGAGUGACAUCGAUGAUUCGGAUAUGCCACAUUAA